AACCCGGAAGGAGAAACGUCCUUUCGUUCGAAGAGAAUUUUUCUGUUUCUUAUUAUGGCACAACUGCUUCGAAUGGAGUUCUUGCGAUAAAAGUAGCAAUUUAUCAAUUUUCAUUGUUGAGUUAAAUGUUUUGUGUCAGCGUUUUAUUGGAAAAUGCUUAAUUUGUGAAGCUUGACUGGAUUUUAAAAACGUGACGAUAAAGUAUCUGUUUUCUUCAACUUGUAAAACACGGAAUCGAUUUAAUUGCCACGCUAUGGCGUGCUACGAACCCUCAGAAUCUCGUUUAAAGUGUUUCCUUCAUUAUGGUUCGGAAGAUCGACUUUACGUACCAGCUUCAUCUGUGAAGACGACGUUCGACGUUUCGAAAUUGAGAUCGGUCGCCGAUAUUUUAUCGAACGAGGAAGCUGCUAAAAAUAUAGUACCUUUAAUAGUGAAGGUAUUUCGAGGAGGAUAUUCGGUUGAGCCUAGUGCAUCGUUAUUCGCCCUCGCUUUGGUCGUACGAAAAGCUAAAAAGAACUACAAAGUGGUGAACGAGGCGUACAAAGCAGCUCGAAAAAUAAGCGAAGAUAACGGCGAGUAUUUUCUCACAUUUACUCGAUAUCUUCGGGAAAUAGCCCAGACCGAAGAGAAGAAAGGGUUCGGUAAAGGAUGGCGGGUAUCAGUUCAGAAAUGGUACGAUUCGAAAGAUGCUAUGCAGUUGGCUCAAAUGGUUACGAAAGCUUACAGCAUUAUGAACUGGUCCCAUAAGGAUAUUCUUGCACUGAGUCGUAUGAAGUUGCCAAACGAUACGGCAAAAGCUGCAGUGAUGUGUUACGUUAGUAAAGGAUACGAAGCUGCCGUUACUAAGUAUUCUAACGUAGCCGAAGCCAAACCAGUGCUGGAAUUCUUGAAAUCAGUUGAUCAAAUACGAAGAUCCGAGACCGAAUCUGUAUUGAUAAAUUCCAUCAACGUGCAUGAUUUCUCCAUCGAAUAUUGCCCGUCGAGAUUUUUCAAAAGUCACGAGGUUUGGUUGGCGCUUAUACCUCGAAUGAGUAUUGAUUGCUUGCUGUCGAAUAUCAAUCGUAUGUCGAAAUUGAAACUGUUCCGGCAUCGUGACGUCGUUCGCGAAGUUGUAUCGAGAUUUCAGCGUUCGGAUGUAAUUGAUGUUAACAUUCAUCCGAUUUACGUUUACAUCUUGCGUAAACGUUACGAACUUGGACCGAAUCUCGCGAUCGAAUUUCAAUACAUACAAAGACGAAGGGCGAUUGAAAACUCGAUGGAAAGAGGCGACGAUAACUCGAUACAAGGCGACAUCGAUCAACAAGUGCAAAGACAACCUCCUCCGAGAAGGAUCCCAGAAAUCAUGGAAUGCUUGACGACCCUUUUCAAUAAAUCACUCGCGCUCUUGGCUCCUACUGGAUUACGUUACCUGAUCGCGUUGGAUUCUCAAGCUGCCAUGGAGAGUAGGGUAUGCUAUAAAGAGCGAUUCGUUACUGUCGAGGAAGCUGCUUCAUUGGUCGCCUUGUGCGUUAUCAAAGCCGAAUCUGAAUCUAACGUUAAAUUGGUUACAUUCACGAAAGAAGACAGCGGUGUUAAAGAGAUACCGAUUAAUAAAGCUGAAGAAACGUUGGAAGGAAUCAAGAAUAAAAUCAAUCGGGCGGAAAGUGGUCCAGCUAGUUUACCUCAGCUGAUCAAAUGGGCAACAUCGAAGCAAGAAGCAUUUGACGUUAUUAUUCUACUCAGUGAUCAUUCUUUGGUCGCCACUGGAUCUUACGACGCUUUGAAAACAUACCGACAAAAAGUGUCAGAUAAAGCAAAAAUAAUAACCUGUUCGUUCUCGGGCCUGCACAAAAAAUACAAAGAACUAAUCAAACAAGAUAUGUUUUUCAUUUGCGGAUUCGAUAAAAACGUUGGCAGACUUAUCGAAGCCUACAGCAGAGGCGCUUUUUAACUAUCAUCCAUUCGAGUAUAACGUACUAUUUCUGUUUUGAUUUUAUUUUAUGUUUAUUUUUUUUUCUUUAUUUCUUUUUUAAAUUCAUAAACUACUCAAACCACCCCGCAUCCGCGAUUCGGUCGAGUAAACAGUUGUCUUUCAAUACAUUUGCAGUGUGCCAUGCAAAAAAAAAAAAUUUAACGAGUAUGAUUCCUUCGGAGUUUUUAUUACAGGGUCUAUUUUGGUUGUAACUCAAAAAGCACGUGUCUGUUGGACUGUGUUAUUGCAUGGCGUAGAUAUGUAAUUUAUGAUUUUUUUUUAUUUUCUAAGCGGUCGUUUUAUUCUUUUUCUUUUUUUAAAUGAGCUUUUUCAUUUCGUUGUUAUUUUACGUGGUAUCAGUAGAAGGAGACAGGUAUACUAUAAUUUUCCUAGAAUAUUAGGCGAAUUUUCAUCAUUAAUACAUUUAUUUAGGUGUUUAACGGGUUCAAAUUAGUGUGACUACUUUGUCGGGAGACGGGUGAUUUUUGUAUUUUGUUUCAAAUACGAGUUUAUCCAACUCGAUCGGAUGCGUCGUUUUAUGAUUCGUAUACAGAAAGUUGCGAAUUUUUGGCGAUUUUCAAUUCGAAAUGGUCUCGAACGUUUUGAGAGAUUGAGACCAUUUUUGAAAUGAAAAAUUACUCCAUAAUUGGGCGUAUUUUAAAUUACUUCGAGAGAUGAAUAAUAUCCUUUAUAAUAUUAUCGUACGUUUUAGUUGAAAAAAAAAAAAAAAUACAUCUCUAAAAAUGUAGUAUAUCUAUCGUAGAUGUAAUUUUAAUUUUAACAAAUUUUUUAAGCACCUUACGUAUAUUUUUCCUUCUGCUGAUUUUUCUCAUUCGAUUUUAAAAAUAUGUAAAAAAAUAGUAUAAAUACUUUAUACAAAUAAAAAAAAAAAAAACGUGUAAUCGAUUAGGAGUCUGUGAUAUUUGAAAAAUUUUCAUUGUGUAAAAAUUACGUACCUGUUGGUUAAAUUCUGUUUUAAGAUGAUUUUAAUAGUAUUUCGUACUUUUCUCUCCAUUUAGUUUGUAAAUUUGGAUUUGAAAAAAUUAACGAAGUAUUUUACCAUUUUGAAAAAUUCGUUUUAAUUCGUGUUAUGUGUUAAUAUUAUUUAUUCGCUUUUUUUAAACUCAUAUACUAUUGUGUUCUAAUACAAAAAAAUUUAUGUUCGUGCUCCUUUUUACGUUUCCUAAUGAAGAAUUCAUGUUACGAUUAUUUUUUCGCUUUACGAAAUCGAGAUUUUUUAUUUGAUUCUGUAUUGUUCUUCCUUAAAUGAUAAGUGAAUUUUCGUAAUUAAAUAAUUCAAUAUUUAUUUUCCAAGUUCCUGUUGAAAUUUCUAACGUAUUAUCUCGUUUUCGAUGAAAUUGUUCUGUUUGUUUCUGAAAAUUUAUCGUACGAAUAGCAUUUAAAAGGUAAUCUUCAUGUUAAUAUAUUAUUUUUUAAGCUCGUAUUUUACACGAUUCAGUCUAUAGUUAUGUUUUUUCUGAUUGUAAUUUUGGCUGUUUAUUCACUUCCUCUAGUAGGAUUCAUUACUCGCAAUGAUUAAUGGAAAAUAUUUUAUUUAAAUCACCAGAGUAAUCGGUUCAAUGGGAAAUUACACUUUCAUUUCGAUUAAUCGUGCGAGACAGAAUUCAUAUUUUACUUUUUCAAUUGUUUUCGUUCUUCUUCGUGUUAGUUAUGAAAAUGUUUUUUUUUUCUGUUGCACUUGUAAUGUAAUAUCGUGAAUAUUCAAUUGCACCGUUGAGUUAACCAUUUUAAUUUUCGAGUAUGUGAUAAAAAGUAUUUUUUUUCUUUUAUUUUUUUUUUACAUUCAAAAGCGAACUUACGUACGUAUUACCAAGCUCAAAUAGUAUUACAAUUUUACUCAUUAAAACGAACGUGUAAGUUGAAAUGUAUUUAAAAUUUCGGUAAAGUUAGCAUACUAAGUUUAGUCGAAUACUUAACAAUUUUCACGGACAGUAUCUCAUUGUUUUUUUCUCUCUUCAUUUUACGCUUUAUUAAUUAAGUUUAUAGCGUCGUUUGUAUGAAUUAAAAUGUAAUACUGAAA